UCUCCGCUUCACUCCUCCAUUAGGGUCUCAAAUUUUCCUCUUUAUUCUCCAAAAAACCCUACCAAGAUUCAAUCUUUUUGAUCAAAAAACAAGAAAAAACCAAAACCCAAGUCAUGAAAUUUCAAUUAGAAGACAUAACAGUUUACUUCCCAUAUGACAACAUAUACCCAGAACAAUACUCAUACAUGUUAGAACUCAAAAGAGCUUUAGAUGCAAAAGGCCAUUGUCUUCUUGAAAUGCCAACAGGAACUGGAAAAACCAUAGCUUUACUUUCUUUAAUCACAAGUUACAGACUUUCAAAACCCUCAAGCCCAAUUAAGCUUCUUUAUUGUACAAGAACUGUACAUGAGAUGGAAAAAACAUUAGCUGAGCUUAAAUUACUGUAUAAUUAUCAGUUACAGCAGUUCGGGCCGGGGGCCCGAAUGUUGGCAAUCGGGCUUUCGUCUAGGAAGAAUUUGUGUGUGAAUCCAAAUGUGGUUUCUGCUGAGAAUAGAGAUUCUGUUGAUGCUGGUUGUAGGAAAUUGACUGCUAGUUGGGUUAGAGCACUUGCUAUUGAAAACCCUAAUGUUCCUACUUGUUCAUUUUUUGAGAAUUAUGAUGCUGCUGAUAAGGCUGGUACUUCCACUUUGCCUGCUGGCGUUUAUACGUUGCAGGAGUUAAGGAUGUACGGUAAGGAAAAAGGUUGGUGCCCAUACUUUUUAGCGCGGCAUAUGGUGCAGCAGGCAAAUGUUGUGGUUUAUAGCUACCAAUACCUGCUUGAUCCCAAGGUUGCUGGUAUUAUAUCAAAGGAGAUGGAGAGAGAGUGUGUCGUGGUGUUUGAUGAGGCCCAUAAUAUAGACAAUGUAUGCAUUGAGGCACUUAGUGUUAGUGUGAGGAAGCAGACACUUGAAGGGGCAACAAGGAAUCUCAGUAGGAUGUCUCAGGAAAUUGAAAGGCUGAAGGCCACUGAUGCUGGUCGAUUGCGAGCAGAGUAUAAUCGUCUUGUUGAGGGUCUAGCACAAAGACUGCCUGCUCAGGAUGUAUGGCUUGCUAAUCCUGCCUUGCCCGAUGACAUCAUGAAGGAAGCGGUGCCUGGAAAUAUAAGGCGAGCAGAGCACUUCUUAUCUGUUUUGCGAAGAUUUGUCCAGUAUCUUAAAGGGCGUCUUGACACUGAAAAUGUGGAAAAGGAGGGUCCUGUUGCCUUUGUUGCUUCUAUUACUACACAAGUUGGAAUCGACCAAAAGAUGUUGAAAUUUUGUUAUGAUAGGCUUCACUCUCUUAUGUUAACCCUGGAGAUAACUGAUACAGAUGAGUUUCUGCAUGUGCAAACUAUUUGUGACCUUGCAACGUUGGUAGGGACGUACUCUCGGGGCUUUUCAAUUAUAAUUGAACCUUUUGACGAGAGAAUGCCACAUAUUCCUGAUCCGGUCCUUCAGCUUACCUGUCAUGAUGCUUCUCUCGCCAUAAAGCCCGUUUUUGAACGAUUCCAGUCUGUUGUUAUUACCUCCGGGACCCUUAGUCCAAUUGAUCUCUACCCGCGUCUUCUCAAUUUCAAUCCGGUAGUUAGUCGAAGCUUCAAGAUGUCUUUGACAAGGGAUUGCAUAUGCCCAAUGGUCCUUACACGGGGAAGUGAUCAGCUUCCAGUAAGCACAAAGUAUGAUCUGAGAAGUGAUCCUGGUGUCGAGAAAAAUUAUGGGAAGCUUUUGCUAGAAAUGGUGUCUGUCGUUCCAGAUGGCGUUGUCUGUUUCUUUGUCAGUUACUCUUAUAUGGAUGGAAUCGUCAAUAGUUGGCAUGAAUCAGGAAUAUUAAAGGAUGUAAUGCAACAUAAACUGGUAUUCAUUGAGACCCAGGAUGUUGUAGAGACUACAUUGGCUUUGGAUAAUUAUCGCAGGGCUUGUGAUAGUGGGAGGGGUGCUGUUUUCUUCUCUGUUGCUAGGGGAAAAGUAGCUGAAGGUAUAGACUUUGAUAGACACUACGGCAGGCUUGUGAUCAUGUUUGGUGUUCCUUUCCAAUAUACACUAAGCAGAAUAUUACUUGCACGAUUGGAGUAUCUUAGGGAGACUUUCCAGAUAAAAGAGGGCGAUUUUCUUACCUUUGAUGCUUUGAGGCAAGCUGCUCAAUGUGUGGGGCGAGUUAUCCGUUCGAAGGCAGAUUAUGGCAUGAUGAUUUUUGCUGACAAAAGAUAUAGCCGUCAUGAUAAGCGGUCUAAGUUGCCUGGAUGGAUACUUUCUCAUUUACGGGAUGCUCACUUGAACUUGAGUACAGACAUGGCCGUGUAUAUAGCAAAAGAGUUCUUGAGGAAAAUGGCUCAGCCAUAUGAUAAGAACGGUGCAUUGGGCAAGAAAACUCUAUUGUCACAAGAAGACUUGGAGAAUAUGAUCACUGGCCCUGAUGGAGAGAUGUUGCUUUAGGUGCCAGUACUCAGGCAAAACUUUUUGGUGAGAAACCAAUUUUGUUCUACGCUCCUGGAAUUUUCGGUGUUUUAUAUGCUGAGCAGCAACGUUACUAUAGUGUGGCUGCAUCGUUCAAGUUUUCCCACAGUUUGAAGGUUUGGUGAAAAUGGAGCUCUGAUUUUUGUUACAGCUUUGCAGCAACCUUCAGAUGUGGCCUAAGUCGAUACUUUUAGAGCAGAUUUCAUUUAACGAUCAGAAACCAUUGGAACGUUGAUGCAAAUUUGUACAAUUUCGGAUCAAUGUAACUCUCUUGGUUUUUUAGAAGUCGGAAUAGGUUUUAGGUUGAACAUAGCAUGGAUGUCGCGAGCCUAUUGGCGGAGAAGAUGUAUUUAUUUUCUACAUAAGCUGGGUUGUGCAAAGUCUGUUCAUGCAUAAUGUAACAGUGUAACUUGAGGUCUCAGUUUGAGUUUUAGGCAAAAUGAAAAUUCUGUUGACCAAAAUUUUUAUGCAUAUAAACACAAAUGUAUGUGGUGUUGAGUUUUACUUUUAUUUCCAAUUUGAUGUUUUUUUUGUAUUA